AGUAUAUAGAAAUUUUAGUCAAGAGAAGAGUAACUAGAGAGAGAAAGAGAGAGAGAGAGAGAGAGAGAUAACUAAAAUGGUUAGAACACCAUGCUGUGACCAGAAUGGAAUGAAGAAGGGUACAUGGACACCCGAAGAGGAUAGGAAACUUGUGGCUUAUGUCACAAGGUAUGGUUGCUGGAACUGGCGCCAACUUCCCAAGUUUGCAGGUCUAAAAAGAUGUGGAAAGAGUUGCCGGUUGCGGUGGAUGAAUUAUCUGAGGCCAAAUGUGAAGAGAGGAAACUACAGCCCAGAAGAAGAGGAAACCAUUACCAAGCUUCACGAGUCUCUUGGGAAUAAAUGGUCUGCAAUUGCUGCCCAAUUACCAGGAAGAACUGACAAUGAGGUUAAGAACUAUUGGCAUACUCAUCUGAAGAAGCGCCAAACGCAAAACCCAUCACCAUCAUCAUCAUGCAAACAAAAAAUAUCAGAAAGUAGUACUACUAAAGAAUCAAACAGUACUACUCUUGAUAAUGUUACUCCUAAUGUCGAUGAUUAUUUUAUGGACAGCCUAGAAGAGUUAAUGUUCACAGGAGCUGAUCUCACGAGUGACCAAAUAGUUGCUAAUAGCAACAAUAACGUACACUCCCCAUUGUCACCUCAACCGUCCUCAUCGAGUAGUGAAAUCUCAACAUCGACAACCGACACUAGUACGAGCACUGCUAGCACUAAUAAUGCAACUGAAACCAGCACAAUUAAUAAUGACAGUAGUAGUAAUUACUUGGUUGAGGACUCUUAUAAUCACCCCUUUGAAGGGUUUCCUGAGUUCAGCGACAGCUUUUGGACGGAGCCAUUUUUGGCUGAUCACAAUUCUUACAUCCCAAGUGAUUUUCUUAAUGCUUCCUUAAUGGAUAAUUAUGAGCUGUCUCCUAUCUUGGAUGCCAAUCUCUUAUUUACUGCUAAUACUAGUAUUGGUAAUUUUAAUUACGAGGAAAAUCUAGUAGGAUUGUUGUACUAAUCAUAUAAAUAUAUAUGUAUUUAUGUAUCUACCACCUUGUAAUAUAUGUAUAUAUAUAUGCAUAGAAAAUGUUUACGUACGUAACUUCCAAGAAUCGAUUCAUUUUAUUCUU